AUGAAUUUUGAUACUAGUCAGCUACAAUCAAGUAGUGCCUUCGAAGCAGUAGUUAGAAAGAAAGAAAAAUUUAAUACCUCAAAAUUUGAAUCACGUCAAUAGCAUUUUGACCUAAAUGACAUUUCGAAAAUUGGAGAAAUAGAUAAAUAGGAUGAAAGCUACUUAGAUAAGUAAAGGAUAAUAUCAAUUUAGGAUUAAAAUCAAUCUGUAAUAACAAAUAAUCAAGGUAACGUUAUCUAAUCAUCAAAAACAAUCACAAUGCAGUUGUCUGAUAUAGUAAAAAGAGUAAGGCUGAUGUAGGCAGCAAAAAAACUUGUCAACAGUACUCGCUCUAGGAUGCUAAAAAAUAUGAAAACUCACUAGUACUCACUAAUUAAUGAUAAAUCUUAAGAUUUUACUGAUAUGAAAAAAGAUUUCUUUUAAAAUUCUAUUUUCUCUUUUGCAAUAAGUAGAGAUUCAAAAUGGGUGUUUGCUAAGAAGAUAAUUCAAUAAUUUAUUUUUUUUUUGUAAAAAAUUCCUGUUAUAAACCCUUCUAGCCGUAAAAAAUACUUUUGGGAUAUUUGUGUUUGCUUGGUUUUAAUCUAUUCCUUUUUUAUUAUACCUGUGAUGGUGUGUUUUAGUUUGCAAGAAUCUGAUGUUUCGCUUAAAAAUAUAUUAGAUAUCAUACUUAUUGUUAACUUUUUAAAUAUUUUGAUUCUUUGCAAUACAGGUUUUUACAAGCGAGGUGUGCUUAACAAAAAUAGGGUAAGUAUCUGGAGAAAAUAUUUUAAUGAGUAAAUGAAAAUUGAUUUUUGGUCUCUUAUCCCUUUGCUUGUAUAUAGAUUCUUAGCUUUGAAUUUUAUCGAAUAAUUAGGCUAUUACUAAUUUAUUACACUUUCAAUUAUUAUAAAAUGGAAAGAAAUUUAGAAGAUAUUUAAUAAUACCUAGUAAAAGUAUAUUCUUUUUCCUAAUUUGAGAAACAUUUUUAAAUUACUUAGCUUGUUCUUUAAAAUUCUUUUUAUUGCUCAUGGAUGUGCCUGCUUCUGGAUAAUAGCAGGAAGGUUAUCUCAAAAAUAUUAGGAUUAAAAUUGGUUAAGUUAUAAAAAUUUAGAAGGUGAUAGCUGGAACAAAUAAUAUUUGUCUGCAUUUUAUUUUUGUUGUGUCACAAUGACAACUGUUGGUUAUGGAGAUAUAUCGCCUCAGUCUACUAUAGAGAUGUUUUUUUGUAUUGUUAUUUUAUUGUUUGCUUGUGGUGUGUUUGGUUUUUCUAUAAAUACAAUUCAAGCCAUAUUGUAAGAUUUCAGUAAAGCAGAAAACGAAAUUCUAGAUAAGAUGUACAUUAUAAAAAAUUAUCUAAACAAGAAACAAAUAAACCAAAUACUCUCUAAAAAUGUGACAGAAUAUCUUGAAUAUUUUUGGAGGGGAAAUUAGCAAACUAACUAAGAAGAAGAGGAAAAAAUGAUCAAAUAGCUUCCUGAUUAUUUAAGGAAUGAAUUGCUUAUCGAAUCUAACAAAAUAAUACUUAGAGAUAGCCUAAUUUUUUAAAAUAAUUUUAGUGAAGAAGUUAUACAUGCAACUAUUCCUAUUAUUCAAGAAAUAAAUUUUACACCUUUAGAGGUUAUUUAUACAGAAAACGAUGAAAAUAUUGAUAGAUCUGUUUACUUCGUACAGGAAGGAAUAGUAGAAGUAUAUUUAGAGGUUAUUGAACAUUUAUAACCUGGUUUGGGAUCUAUCUAAAAGUCUUACAAAGUUAUUAAAAGAUUAAAAAAAGGAGAUUGCUUUGGAGAAAUAGAAUUUUUUACUGAUGGGAAUAGAUAGAUGAAUGUAAGAAGUCUCAGUUUCUCUACUUUACUUAAAAUUAAUAGGAGUGAUUUCAUUAAUACUAUUAAGAAUUUUCCAACUGACUAUGAAUAGUUUUGUUAUAUAAAAGAUAGAUUGAUUUUUUAAAAUGACUAUUCUAAGAUAAGUCAUAAGUGUGCAAGUUGUAACAGUGAAAACCAUCGUAUUGGGUAUUGCCCAUACCUUCAUUUUGUAUCAAAUAAGCCUAAAUUAUUUGCAAUAUUAAAUAAAACAUAGAAUUAGUAAAGAAAUGAGUCAUUCCCAACUCAAAUUACUAACAGAAAAAGAUAGAGGUACAGAUUAUUUCCAUAGUAAAUAAUGGCAUUAGUGAAUAAUUAUGUGCAAGUAAAUGAAGAUUUAGUUGAAGAAUUUAAUGAGAAAUAUUUAUCUUUUGAUAUAAGCAAGUGUGAUAUAUGUUCUAAUUUAGUUAAUUUAUAGCCAUCAAACCAGUAAUACCUCCACUCUAAUUCAGAUUAAGCAGCUGCAAAUCCAUUGCUGAAUUUAUACACGGUUAGUAAUAAAUAAAAUAAUGAAGGCAAUUAACCAAAAUAAAAAAAUGAUUUAGCAAAAAAUGGAAAAUCUGGGGCUAACAAAUUAAAUAACAGCAUCGGAAACUAAAAAAUUUUGACAUUUUAAUAACAAUUUUAAAAUAAUAAUCUAAGUCUUCACUCUUACCAAUAAAUUGAUGAAUAGUAACCAUAAAAAAUGAAUAACUUAAGAAAUGCUGGAAAAUUAUAAUCAAAAAUUUCAGCUAGUAUUUUAGAAGGGACAGAUUGUUAAGAAAACUACUCUCCCAAAGAUUACAAAUUAUAACCUAUUUCUCUAUUAAAGUAAUAGAGUCAAAGCAUAGAAUUAAAUAACCACUGUAACUAAGUUUUUUAAAAUAAUCAGUAGCAGCACAUUAAUUAAUUAAUUUAAAAUUAAAAUGGGAUGUACUCUAAUAUGAAUAGCUUUAUAUUUUAGUAAAGUCCAGAUUUAGAUAAUUAAGAACAAACUUCUUUGUAGACUAAAUUAAAUAAAUAAAUUGCUAAUAAUUUCUAAAAUGCUAGCAUUAAUAAUCAAUUGUAUAAUAAAAAUUAAAGUAUGUAGAAUAUGGAUUAAGACUAGUAAUAAAGAGAUGAAAUAUACCUAAGAAAAUUAUCUAUGUUUUACACAUAUGAGGAUGUGUUGAAUAUUUAUAAUUCUUAGAAUAACUAAUAAAAUUUUCAUAUUAAGAAAUUAUUUUUUGAUAUUUUUUAUGGUGAGUUUGAGAAGAUUAAAGUAUUUGAACUUUAUUAUCCACUCAAUAAUUUCUAAUAUGUUGUAAAGCAAAUUCACAUGGACUCAAACCAAAAAAAGAAAAUGAGAUAAAAACUUCUUGAGCAGUAAAGAUAAAACAUGAAUAAAAUUAUUAUGAAAAAGAAGAAGAAAAACGGAGGCAGAGCAUCAGUUAAUAUAACUUCUGCAGAUUAUUAAGUAGUAAAAUUACUAGUUGAUAAAUUUGAAUAGGAAAAUAAGGAGAUUAAAAGUAUGAAAGGAAGUUCAAUAAUGCCAAAUAAUUCAGGAAUGAAUUCAAAUAUUUAUAUGAAUAACUUAAACAUCAAUUCUUCACCCUAAUUUAACAAUAGAAGAAACAGCUUAACAGGCUCUUUAGUUAAUUAUAAAACUUAAAAAUCGGUUAAAAAUAUAGAGAAAACAAAUUUUUAAGACUCUGAAAAUGAAAAUAAUGAAGGGCAAAGUAUUUCUAAAAGUAACAUUACUUAAAAUCAAACAAUAUUUAAUUGUAAACAAAAUCAUAGUCCAUAAAAUAUAUCCUUAUCUAGUUCUGAAGCAAUUGGAGAAUCACGAAAUUCUUCUUAAGUAUAUGACAUAUACAAUAAAUAAUAAUCAGAAUCUAUGUAAUAAAAUUAAGAAUUUAAAUAAUCAUAAAACCAAUCUAAUAAAUAAUAAAAACAAAAAAAAUCAAAUUAAAUCACUCAAAAUGAAAUACAAAUAUUCUUAAAUAUUGAAAAUAAGCUUAGCCCCCCUUUUUUAGAAGAACCUGCAUUAAAUAAUGAACAUUCAGAAAUUCCAGACAUUCGUCUGUGUUAAUAUAAUAAUCAAAUAAAUUAAAUUGAUAAUAUUUGA